GGGCACAUCUAACCGUACAUAAGGAUAAAUUACUAGCGAGUGAAGCAAAGCAAGAAAUGAUAUGAAAUUAUAAAUUGGUCCGGAAAAGGGAAAAGAAUAAGGAAGCGAAGGUUUAACAUUGUGUAAUUAUUACUUUCUAGUUUCAUGGAAAUAGUAUAAUUUCAAGAGCAUUGAGUUAGUAAUUGGUUUGCUCUUGUGUUCUUAUUACAAACUAUAUGUCUUUGACAUUAUAUAUGAAUACCUUCCCUCAUUACUUCUACUACUACCAUUUUCUUAUUGGACGAUGAGAGUACGAGAGGUUGGAGAGAUCCUAUGAAUAAGUAUCAGGGUAUAGUGCAAAUUAACACGAAAUUCAGGAUUUAAGCAUAAAUGAUUGCUGCAAAAAGGGUAUGACCUUCUGGAGCAGUCAACGAGGGAGUUGGGUUUUGUUGAUCAAUGACCACCAUGAAUAACGUCUUUGAAGUUUGGGAUUUAGAAAUUUCUGACUGCUGUUAUUGGGUGUGCAUCUCAUACGAUAGGUUGCAGGAAUAGCUUCAAUGACGAGUUCUUUUGAGUAAAUAAUCGAUCUUGUUGACAACUUGAGCAAGUUUAAUAUCUUAAUGCUGUAUGUUAGUGGAUUGUUGUCAAUUUGUUUACUUGGUAUUCUAGUGUGACAGAACAGGAAGGGCAUUGUUCUCUCAAGUUUAAAUAAGUUUCACGCUUAUAUCAAAUUUUAUUUUAUUUUUGUGAUGAAUACCUUCUUGCAUCUUUUACCACUCAUUUAUUUUGGGACAAAAAUAUUGGAGGAAGUAAUGAUGGUACCAUGGUUCCCAAUAUUGUAAUUUUAGGAAAAAUCACCCGAAAAUCUUGAAGAUGUUGGUGCAUUCCAAAAGCUACCCAUGGUGAUGCCAUCUGUUGACAUUCUGUAUUCGGCACUAAGGAAGGCUAAGAGGAUUACACCAACAAAGGGUAUUGCCAAUAUUGCAAAGCGAGAAAGAAAUAGAGGUUCAAAGCAACUUGAUGCAUUGAUGAAAGAACUGGCAAUUCCAUUGAGAACUUUCGAGAAUUUUCCAAAUAAAAAGUGUCUUCACCCUUAUGAACGAUCUCUUAUUGAAUUAACUCUUGGGGAUGGAAAUUAUGAACAGGUGUUGGGAAAUGUGGAUGCUUUGAGGAAGAAGGUUGUGUCUAUUGGAAAGGAACAUGCAUCUCUUUGUGCUAAGUCAACGACGAAGAAGGAAGCAGAGGCAAGACUAACUGAGGGUAUAAAGAAAGUUGAAGAGACAUUUAAUCGUGAAGGAAAACAUGUUGAUGAUUUGCUACACAUAGCCAAGACUCUGCGAGCAAUGCCAGUAGUUGAUCUGGAAGCACCAACACUUUGUCUUGUUGGAGCUCCUAAUGUUGGGAAGUCAUCUUUGGUUCGUAUACUCUCCACUGGGAAGCCUGAGGUCUGCAACUACCCGUUCACAACAAGAGGAAUACUAAUGGGUCAUAUUAUAUCAAACCAUCAAACUUUUCAGGUGACAGACACUCCUGGCCUGCUGAAGAGAUGUGAUGAGGACAGAAAUAAUUUGGAAAAAUUGACACUUGCUGUCCUCUCACAUUUACCGACCGCAAUUCUCUAUGUCCAUGACCUCUCUGGGGAAUGCGGGACCUCACCUUCUGACCAGUUUGUCAUAUACAAAGAAAUAAGGGAGAGGUUUGGUGAACAUUUGUGGCUUGAUGUUGUGUCCAAAUGUGAUCUGUUGCAAAAGUCUCCUGUGCUAUUUGCCACUGAUAAUGGUGAUGAUUCUGAUCUUAAGUUGGAAAGGUACCGGAAAUUGGGUCCCGAUGGAGCUAUUUAUGUGUCAGUGACGAAUGAAGUAGGGCUCACCGAGUUGAAGAUUAGAGUGCAUGAGAUGCUAGAUUCACAGAUGAAGGAUCCAAGUUCAAGAAAGCAACCAAGAAAAGCUUGAAGUUGUUACUUGAGAGCAAAUUCUGAAGUUGAAAAAUAUCGGUGGUUGCUUCUCGUGGAGUGACAAUUCGUUUACGAAUGUGAUCCAUCCCCAAGAAAGAGAAGCCAAUUGUCAGUAUUCUGCUUCCGAACAAGCGGAAGUCUGAAGACCUGCAGCAUCCAAGGCAAGUGCUUGUAUAUAUACACACACUGCUGACUUUUCGGAUUGUUUGGUCCACUUGUGAUCGUGAUGAUCUAUUUAGGCAGCCAAGAUGAUUCGGAGAAGCUGAGUUAAAUUCCUCGAGUACGUAUGUUAGAAGGGAGUACUGAAACAUUACACAUUUUCUUGGACAGUAACUAAGAACAUGUUAGUUGGACGACGCUAUUGCACUAAAAAAUUUUCUCAAUCGCAGUAAUGGAUGCAUACUUUGCCAAAGCCUCUUGCAACGCUUAAUGCAUAUUAGAAUUUCUCUUGUUCA